CCCAUGUUCUUGGAAGUAACUGAACUAAGGCUGGAAUAGUGGGGAUUGAGAAAAUGAAUGACUUGGAAGAAGAUACUGCAGCAGCAGUUUGUGGAGACCCUCUUUCUGCCCCCUGCUCAGGCAUCCAGGGCAGGUGAAACAUCCAGAUGCAUAGGACCCUUUGGUUGUGCCAUCUUGGUUCACUCCUUGCUGCCACCACUAGAUGGGCACUCAUCUGUUUCCUGGGACACGGAUCUAGGGCUCUCUCCAGUUCCUCCCAGGGUCUCCAGCAUGAUUCCUUCUCUCUCUUUGCACCCGGCGCAGAACAAAUAGACCAGUGAGAGGACAGAAUGCAGAUGGCAUAUCUCUCAUAUAAUUUACCUAAUCAGGUUGCUUGCUUACUUACUCAUUUAAUAAACAUGUAUGGAUUCCUUUCCAACCCGGGCAGGGCAGGAUGGCUCCCACAAAGAAGGGUGGUGAGAAGAAGAAGGGCCGCUUCACCAUCAACAAGGUGGUGACCAGAGAAUACACCAUCAACAUUCACAGGUGCUUCCACGGAAUGGGUUUCAAGGAGCGUGCCUCUCGGGCACUCAGAGAAAUCCGGAAAUUUGCAGUGAAGGAGACGGGAACUCCAGAUGUACGCAUUGACGCCAGGCUCAACAAAGCCAUCUGGGCCAAAAGAAUAAGGAAUGUUCCAUACCGUAUCCAUGUGCGGUUGUCCAGAAAGUAUGAUGACGGUGAAGAUUCACCAAACAAGUUCUAAACAUUGGUUACCUAUGUACCUGUCACCACUUUUCAAAAAUCUACAGCUAGUUGAUAUAGAUGAGAACUAACUGCUGAUUGUCCAAUAAAGUUAUAGAACUGCCAAAAACACAAACAAACAAAAAUGUAUGGAAAACCUACCAUAGGCCGAAAACUUGCUCUGGAGAUGCAAGACCUCAAGAAGUUCACA